UACACCAUGGUAGACCUGUUGAAAAAUUUUGACUUUUUAAUAGAUCGAUGUCCCCCUGUAUUUACUACCGAAAAACGAAAACUCCUGAUCUUCAUCUCUUUCUGUUCAAAAGUUAUUCAAAAAGCAUCGGAGGACACUAUUUUGAAAUGGAUAGUAGAUCGUGUUCAUAACGAAUUUAAAUUAAUUAUUCGCACAUAGUUUGUUUUUGUUGUUCAAGGGAUUGGCAAUGUUGUUAUUCAAAUAGCUGCAUUAGUGUUAUGUAAAAAAUGUAUUGGGAUAGAGCGAGCAUCUUGGCCAUGUCGAUAUGCCUCCAUAUUUGAACGUGAAUUUCGUUUAUGGAUGAAAUGGUUUGGAAAACCACAUAGUGAAUUUAAGUUAUUCAAAGGCGACUUUUUGGAUGAAGAAUUUCGUUCAAUUUUGAAGAGUGGAAAUGCAAUAUUUGUUAAUAAUUUAUCUUUCAAUAAUGAUCAUCAUCAUCGUUUGAAAAUGUGUUUUUAUGAUUUACAAGCGGGAUCGCGAAUUAUAUCAUCAAAACCAUUUUGUGAACCAAAUUUUAGGGUGACAGCAAGAAAUGUAAACGUAACUGUAUUAGAUAAUUUGGAAAAUACAGUUUCUUGGACAUCAACACCGAUACCAUUUUAUUUACAAACAAUUGAUUACAGUCGUAUUGAACAAUAUUUCGCUGGUAUAGCAAAAAAACGUGGACACGAAAAUAACUCAGAACAAUCGGUAUGUCCAUCCUCAUCAUGUGAUGAAAUAAAAACAAUAUCUAAACUAUCCUCAGCUAUAAUCGAAUUAAAAAUACCAACAUUAAAAUUAAAACGAAAAUAUCGAAAACGACAACCACCAAAAGAGAAAGUAGCCAAAACAUUACUGAAAAAAUUGAAAAAACCAAAAAGUGGAAAACGCCAUAGACACUCUGAAAAUGGAAAUGAAUAA